GUCUUCUUGUUUUGUUAUUUAAUAAUAUUCCCAACUUGAAACGAGCGGGAGGAUCUACCUGCAAACGAUAUGCAAAGUAACCAGAGCAUACGACUGCUGUCCCUGGCCAGGCACCUGAUAAGGCGGACAGCGACUCAAGCGUCCCAGCAAACGACUGGAGCAACAGGAGCAGGAGCAGCAGAAUCGGCCAGUUCCUCCUCUGGGACGGAACAGACCACGCACUUUGGCUUCAAAACGGUGAAGGACAGCGAAAAGGAACAGAAGGUCCACGAGGUGUUCGAGCAGGUGGCCAACUCUUACGACAUGAUGAACGAUGCCAUGUCCAUGGGCAUACAUCGCUUGUGGAAGGACAUCUUCGUGGAGCGUCUGGGCCCGACGCAUGGCAUGCGAUUGCUGGACAUGGCCGGUGGCACCGGCGACAUCACAUUUCGCUAUCUCAAGUAUCUGGCCAAUCAGGCGAAUCCCCAGCAGCGACCCAGCCAUGUGACCAUCUCGGACAUCAACCAGCACAUGCUCGAUGUUGGCAGGGAGCGGGCCCGCCGUCUCGGCCUGACCGAAGAGCAGUUGCCGAACACAAAGAUUGCGUGGCAGUGCGCCGAUGCCGAGCGGCUUCCCUUUGAGGACGCAAGCUUCAAUGCCUACACGAUUGCCUUUGGCAUACGGAACUGCACGCAUGUAGAUAAGGUGCUGAGCGAAGCUUAUCGUGUGCUGCAGCCUGGCGGGCGAUUUAUGUGCUUGGAGUUCAGUCAUCUGACCAACGAAACGAUGCAGUGGCUGUACGACCAGUACUCGUUCCAGGUGAUACCGCCCAUGGGCCAGCUGCUGGCCGGACAGUGGCAGGCCUACCAGUAUCUAGUGGAGAGCAUUCGACGCUUCCCCAAGCAGGAGGCCUUCAAGCAGAUGAUCGAGCAGGCCGGCUUCGACAUGGUGUCCUACGAGAACCUAACCUUUGGCAUCGUCAGCAUACACUCUGGCUUCAAGCUGUGAGUACGUAUGGAUGGGAUCUAGUAGUAGUUUUAGAAACGAAACCCUUUGUUGGUAUUUUAGCUGUUGAAUUUUUCUGUUUCCAUGCCGAUCACGUACUCCCGCGACGCUGCUGUGUGUAUCCCGCCAUCACCAUCACCGUCAAGCAUCGCAUUGAACGAGUUGAUUUUUAUUUUUCUACCGUGCGCUUACAUUAAAGUUUUUAUGUGGCUCUUUGUCAAAUAUUA